UGAAGCCAGUUUACAGGACCUGUAAACUUCAUGGAAUUUAGAUUGCCCAUUACUGGCAAAGAGAGCUUUGUUUGCAUAGAGCCAAUAAAAAGUGCUAACUGGGAAGAAUUUGGUCAUUAACUCAUGCAUUUUCUCUGCCUUGUCGCUUGGUACAGGCUGCCAGUUUUAAGAUACUUUUCUCUGCGUAGGAAAAGGAACUAAAUGGCAAGGCUUCUACGUGGAAAGAGGAAAAUUCAAGUAAUUAACGGAUCAAAUGAAGUGUAUUUCUGGUUUAAAGGACAGUGUACUUUUCUGGAGUCGUGUUCUUAAUUCAUUGAGCCUCUCAGCAAGGAUGCAGCGUGGAGGGAGGGGUUGGGCGAGCUGGAGAAGGAUCGAAAGAAAGAGCAGUCUGAACCUGGGACCCAAGGCAGACCUAGAAAGGACGUAGAGGGAAAGGAAGGUGUGUGGCCACGGAAAGCAAGAGUGGGCGCGGAGGUCCUUCAGGGAGGAGGGAACUGCCAUGGGCCAAAAGGAAUGCAGUCACUCUGCAGGACCAUAUACAAAGAGUCAACAAGCUCAACGUGCCAGAGGAUCAGAGCUGAGAGUCAUUCUGGUGGGCAAAACAGGAACUGGCAAAAGUGCUACGGGGAACAGCAUCCUCGGGAAGGAAGCAUUUGAGUCCAGGCUGAGUGCCCAGUCCUUGACGAAGACUUGCAGUAAAAGUCGGGGAAGCUGGGGAGACAGAGAGAUGGUUGUUAUUGACACACCAGACAUGUUUUCUGGGAAGGACCCCUCUGAUUCCCUGUACAAAGAGGUACAGAAGUGCUACUUACUUUCCGCACCAGGACCCCACGUGCUGCUCCUGGUGACACAGCUGGGCCGAUUCACCACGGAGGACCAGCAGGCUGUGCAGAAGGUGAAGGAGAUCUUUGGAGAGGAUGCCAUGAGACACACAAUUGUCCUCUUCACCCACAAGGAAGACCUCAAGGGAGGCUCCUUGAUGGAUUACAUCCAUGGCUCAGAUAACAAAGCCCUAAGCGAGCUGGUGGCUGCGUGUGGGGGGCGAGUGUGUGCCUUUAGUAACCGUGCUAAAGGGAGCAAUCGGGAUGACCAGGUGAAGGAGCUAAUGGACUUGACUGAGAGCCUAGUGAUGGCGAAAAGGGGUGGCCACUACAGCAAUGGGCUGUACAGCCUAGUAACAGGGUCAGAAUGUGCAACUGUGCAGUCAGAGGAAAGAUUACAGGACUUCAAAGAGAGCUUUGUAAAGUACACGGAAAUUCAGAGACGUUCAGCCAUGGCCAGAGCCCUAAUCCUAAUAGUGAUGUGUAUUCAGGUGUUUGUCAGAUUGCAAACUCUGUUAUUUCGUGUCUUGCACGGAAUGUGCAAUUUCUUUUACCGCUUACUGUUUACCAUGUGCCAUUUAUUCUGUCGCUUACUGUUAAUUAUACCCCAAAAAUUAAUGGUAAUUUUUAGAAAGACCAUUAGACUGGAACGCAAGACUCCUAUAUUAUAGUUACAAUCAGUGGUUCUCUAUCCACUGUCAUUUAGUGGGUGAAUCACACACUGUACCUCCCCUGUAAAACACAGUGCCUGACAGCACCAGGCGUUUGAGAUUCUGUGAAGUGCUAAAAUCUUAACAUCAUUCUAUUUGUUAGUAAACCAAAUGAUUUUAAAAGUUACUGUUUGUUUUGAAAUAUAGCUUUUGAAACUUGUAAACAUAAAAUUCCUCUCAUUUGCAAAUCUCUAAAGUCAGUUUUAUGUCCCUAAAAACUCCUUUUCUUCUUUAUACUACUACUAUUUCUACUGAAUAUAACAAAAAUAACAAUAAAAUUUCUACUGGGUACAGUACAAUAACAA